UUAAUAAUGGUUUCAUUGAGUUGAAAGUAAGACAAACAUUUCACUUGUCGUUUUACCUUUUCAGAGACCACGUAUUCAUAAAAUAUUCGGUCAAUAAGUAAAUAUGAAGGUUGUUUUGGGUCUUUUGAUUCUCGGACUGGUUGGAGUUUCCUUCCAGGCGCAACUUCGGCUGACCGUUUAUUACGAAAGUCUUUGCCCUGACAGUCGCCGAUUCAUUAUCAACCAACUCUAUCCCACCAUAAAUCUUCUCGGUGGAGUGAAUAAUGAGUUUCUGGAAGCCGAAUUUGUCCCGUACGGAAAAGCGAACACUACUUUUGUAAAUGGCACUUUUGAAUUUGUUUGUCAACAUGGAAGAAAUGAAUGUCUCGGAAAUAUGAUUCACGGCUGUGCACUCGCCAAACUCGCCAAGAAUGAAUCUGCAGCUUACAUUAAUUGCAUGAUGGAUUCGUUCAACGCUCCUAUCGACGCAGAGGCCUGCGCAAUAUCGCUAGGUUUGAAUUACACGAGAAUCGGCGAAUGCUACAACAAUUGGGAAGGUCCCACAAUCCUGGCAUCUGCCGGAAUAAGGACGCACGACCUUGUCCCAACGCUCUACUAUGUCCCGUGGAUCGUCUACAACGAUGUUUGGCGAGUGGAGGAUAUGAUUGGCAGUGAGCAGAAUUUGAUGAAUGUAAUUUGCCAGAAAUUGGAAAAUAGCACGAGACCGACACAAUGUGACCAAUAAAUGCAUACUCGAAAAAAUGAUAUUCCGAGGUUACGAAAUACAUGAUUUAUUACAUCCAAUUGUAGAUAUAACUUUAAAACAACCAGAGAAAUGAGUAAUUCUCAAAUCAAUUCGUUUGUUAAUUGAUUCAAUAAAUUCGAAAUAAAGUGCGAUAUAUGCAAUGCUUACUUUCUUAA